GCUUCGUGAAACACAAUACCCAACCCGACCAAAUGGACAAGUCCAUCUUCCAGAACCCUGACCGGAGUCCUCCCCUAAACCCUCCCCCAUCGCCAAAUACUCUCUCCUACUCCUCCUCCGGUCAUGGGGGGCGCGGAUCCGGACCGGGGCGGCGGCGGGCCGGACAUCUCCAAGCUCUUCUGCCACUACAACGCCCUCUACUUCCACGACUCCCUCGGCACCUGCGCCGUCUCCUGGGCGACGGACGAGGAUCCGCUCCCCCAUCGUGAAGUAGGUGGUUGUGAAUAUUAUCCUGGAGGUGGUGGCUGUAUUAUACUGCUUUCGAGAUCCUUGUAUGAACGCUACACAGACUUGGAUUUAAAGAAUGUGUUGCUUCAUGAAAUGAUUCAUGCUUAUAUGUGCAUCAAAGAUAGUAAUGAUAACCAUAGUGACCAUGGACCAAAAUUCCGGAAACUGAUGAAUACAAUAAAUUUAAACUCUGUAGCUGAUCCUCAUCGUCCUGUUGGUGGCUACAGCAUAACUAUGCUUCAUGAGAUCAGAAAGAAAUAUUAUCUACACAAAUGUGAAAGCUGUGGAGAUUUGAUCAAGUCAACUGAAAUCAGAGGACCUUCACAUGAUGAUUGCAUUGAGGGAAUGGGUGCUAAUGACUCGUGUGGUAGUUCAAGUUGUCACUGGCAUUGGCACAAGAAGCGGUGCUCUGGUAGCUAUCACAGAGUUCAAGGAUCAUCACCAGGUUGUGUAGAGGGUUCAAAAGCUUUAUCUGAAGAAGCACUUGAUUGCAAGGAUGGAGAAUCAGCCCCUGGAAGUUGGCACAAUGAACCUACAUCAAUUAAGAGCGGAAAAAGCAAUAAGCAUGAAUUGGAAGAAACCUCUACUGGGUUUCUUCCUCCUGAUGAUUUAAUUGGUAUUUCUGGACCAGAGUCCUCAAGAGGCGCAUCUAAUAAGAAAAUCAAAUUGUCCAAGGAUAUUGGAUUGGAUGCUCAGGAGGCACUGAAGCGUCCAAGAACAACCACACUGAAGAAGAACCAAGAGUGCAGCAGACAAAAGAAAAGAAAAGUAAGCAAGUGGGAUGGUUCCUACUCAGUGAUAAUUGAAUGGCUGAACUACUAUUCUGUGGAUGAAUCAGACGAUGAUGAGGUACCUUUGAUAAAUAAAAGAACUGAAAGAAGAAAGCGGCAGAAGUUACUGAAAGUUGCUCAGGUUAGGGAAUCCAAUAGUGGCAGUGAGGGUGCUAGUUCCAUAUCUUUUGUAGAAAAUGGCAUAAAUUCUAGCAGUGCUGGUUCUUACCCUCAAAGCGUAGGGGAGGACAAUGACAACUCUGAAAUUGUCCCAGAUACUCGAGUUGAUGGAAGUUCGUUACCAGGUCAUCCCGUGGGUAGCCAUGUAGUAACUGAAGGUCAAGCUGGCCAUGAAACUGCACCGUCACCAUUGAACUCACCAACUAGAGGCAUCAUUGUUGACAUUUCAGAUGGUUGAUGCCCAGCGUUCCGUUAGCUUUUUCCUGCUGAGGCCUGGAUGUACAAUUGUCCAGGCCAUAGUUGUAACAUUUCUGUUUAACUCGUGCACCUUUCUAUGAAGCAUGUUCUUGUACAUAUUUUCCUCUUAUCCGCUAUUUUCACCCUUUUUCCCUUGGUAUAGAGCAGUUCAGUAUACUGACUCUGUCAGAUGGUGUGAUUUAAGAAAUCCAGAUCACGUUCUCUUUUGGUUGAUGGUAUGUAGCUUCAGUUAUUUUCUUUUAAGAUCAAGUCAAUUA